GCGGUUCGCUGCAGAUACUUUUUUUAAUUCGCCUCGUUUUUGUUUGUUUUUUGUGGACAGAGCCUCACACGACUUUAAAAAAUGUCGUAUCUUUUUUUUCAUUGCUUUCUGUUCUCUUUCGUAAGGCGCACGAUCAGUUUUUUGUGGGUAUAAACAUUAAGGUGAUCCCACAGAUAUUUUCGCCGUAAACUUUUGUGCGCGCAAAGAUACCCACUUUUUUGUUGUGUUGUAGAUAUUUUCGCUCUAAUCGGCUUUUGAAUUGUGAGUGAGACAACACUGUGAAGAGAUACUGUGAAUCGUUGUAGCGACGACGAUGUGGCGCAACCCUUUUUUGGAUUUUGUUCGCGCAACUUGUCGUAGUCUUGCGGUAACUGCGCACUCGUAGAGUUUAACGGUUUUCUGAAGAAAAAAAAAGUUAAUGCAUCGUAUCUGCAUAUUAUAAAAGAAAAAUAAAAUCAAAUCGCCUUAAAAAAAAAGAAGUGAAAAGGAAUAGAUAUUUAAUUAAAUUACACUCGUGUGAUAUCAUUUUUGAUGAGAACCUGUUUUGUGCAAUUUUAAUUCGUGUGUUCAAUUUAUAAGUUUGAUAUUUCGCCGUCGGGAAAAGUUAUUACCUACCAAAAAAAAGAAAAACAGAGAUAAGAAAAUAAAAUUGUAUCUUAUGAAUAUGACGUGAUGAUACAAAAAAUGAAAAAUUUAGUGGAAAAUUAAAAUAAAAAAGUAUAUAGUAACAAGAAACAAGAAAACAAAUCAUAUAAUUAUUAGUGUUGUGACUUUAAAACAGGAUAUAUUAUCACCCUCCUGCCCCUCCCCCGCAUCAACCGAUUAGAUACACUGCGACGCAAUUUUCAUCUACUCAUUGUAUCGCUACACCUUUCUAUCACCUGUUAAUUGAAAAAUCAGAAAUGAAAAUUUUCAACAAAAGUCGCUACAAGUAAACGAGACUAAAAAGAGUAAAAAAAAUAUUCAGCAAAAAUAAAAACAAAAAUAUUUAAACAACAUUAAAAAAACUAACAGAAUUAAAAAAAAAUAACAAAAAGUUCCUCGAACAAAAACAAACAACACUCGAUUAUGCCAUUACUCUUAGCCAAUCAUCAAAAUAUAGUUUCAUCAUCCUACGGAAUGUUACUUGAUCACAAUAGAUACAGCCGAAGCAGAAGUAGUUUCAUCGCCCUGGAACAUCAGCAACCCAUCGACUUUACAAUGUCGAAAUACAAAACGGAUUUAAGCCUCAAUAGUCCCAUCAAUAGCAUCAACAGUAGCAUCAUCAGUAAUAUUAUGACAACGACGAAGACGAAGACUACGACGAGCAACAACGAUGACAUCGCCAUCAGCAGCCAUCUGCAUCACCAUCUAUCGCACAAUCAUUAUCCGCUGCAUGAUCAUCUGUUCCAGCCACAGUUGCAGUUGCAGUCACAGUCACCAUCACAGUCGCAUUCGCAUUCCCAUUCCCAUUCGCAUCCGCACUCGAAUAGGCCGGGCUCCUCGCCAAUGCACCAGCUUAGCCAUUUAUUUGGAAUCGGUGCUGGUAGUGGUAUCGGUGGUGGUGGUGGCAGUGGUGUACUUGGCCAGCUUCCAUCACAGCACGAAGUUGCACCACUUCCAAUGCCACCCACAAUCCAGACAACGACUGCAACAGUAUCGUCGUCGUCCGCGUCCGGGUCGUCAUCGCUUCCACAAUUCCAUCCCGGCUUCCAUCACUUGGUAGCAUUCAGCCCGCAACAUCAGCAACAGCUGCAGCAGCUCUACACGGAGUUCUGCAACAGCAGCAGUGGCAACAACUGCAGCGAUCCAACUUCUGGUUCACUUCCACCAUUGGCUCAGUUGCCGCCACCACAGUCCCCAUCGCCAGCCAUGGUAAAAGUUCCUGUCUCAACCGCAAUACCAGUUCCAGUCUCGGUAGUAGUAGCUGCGAGUGCGGGUGGUUCAGCCCCGCGGACCACGACGCCUCCAGUCAAUGCCGAUCACCAUCAUCACUAUCAUCCAGCGCAGCCGGCACUCCCGCCUCCGCCACCUGCACCAUCCGAAGAUUCUUCUUGUCGUUCGGAAAAUUGGCACCAAAUAUCAUCAACCAAAAACAACAGAAUAUCACCCCCACCAUCAUCAGUAGCAUCAGCUUCAGCUUCAACAACUAACCUCCUCAAUGAGUCUAUAAUCAUCGAUCAUCGAAAAACACCUUUAGCUGUCAAAAGAGAAGAAGAUGCAUCCUCGAAUGAUGACCAUCAUCACCAUAACAUCAGACCUGCAAUAGAAAUCGAAUCAACAACAACAACUAAACUUGAUGAUAUCAGUCGGUUGUCGAGAUCUCCAUCGCCACUGCAAAGUAAUGUUUCUGAUGAUGGGGAUAGUGUUGGAAAUACAAGUGACCGUUGUCGGUCACCUCUAAGCCCACCCAGACACCACCACCAUCACCUCCACCAUCAAGAGAAUGAAACUACAGAAGCUCUUAACCUCACCAGCGACAAUUCUCGACACAGUGAAACCCCACCUCCUGCAUCGGCGAUGGUUAUGAACACAACUCCAACUUCCUCCCUGCAGAUUCCCAAUUUGCAGGCUGGACUUGUGCCGAAUGCAUUGGGUUCCCUAAUGAUGCAGAAUCCUCUGUUGGCUGGAGCCGGUCUGAAUACGAUCUCGCCGCAGGACUUUAGUGCUUUCCAGCAGGCUCUGCAAGCACAACAAGUAGCCCUUCAGCAGCAGUUCCAGAACUACAUGGAACUCAUUCACAACGGAGCGGUAGGAAUGCCAAAGGAUGACCCUGCAGUUGCAACCCAAAUUGCAGCCGCCCAGUUCCUGCUUCAGAAUCGAGUUCAAGCCUUGUCACAAGCAGCCCAACAGUUACAAGCUCUGCAGAAGCAGCAGCAACAACACACCCAGCAACAUGAGAUCCAUCAACAAAUACAGCAACUUCCAAAUAUUCCAACGACAGUCAAGUCUCACAUAACAUCGACGUCAACGCCGACACAUCGCAUGAGUCCAUUGAACAGUCCGUCGAGUAGUCCUCUGCACCAUCAGAACACACCGAUUGGUGGUAAUGGGGGUUAUGGUGUUAACAAUCAAGUGACUCCACCAAAUAGUGGGAGUCUGAAGGUGGGUGGCAUUCUGACACCGGGCACUCCUAGUGGCGCACCACAAACACCGCAAAUGCCAAAAAAUAUGACUGUCAAUCAGCAGCGUGCCGCUGGUGAACCCUCCCCCGAAGAGACCACCGACCUGGAAGAGCUAGAACAUUUUGCGAAGACAUUCAAACAGAGACGGAUAAAGUUGGGCUUCACUCAAGGCGAUGUGGGUUUGGCGAUGGGAAAGCUAUAUGGCAACGAUUUCUCACAGACGACCAUAUCGCGUUUUGAGGCGUUGAAUUUGAGCUUCAAGAACAUGUGCAAGCUGAAGCCGUUGUUGCAGAAGUGGCUGGAGGAUGCUGACCGGACUAUAUCAAGCACUGGAGGAGUUUUUGAUCCAGCAGCUCUUCAAACUACCGUCACGACUCCUGAAAUCAUGGGGCGCCGACGAAAGAAGCGCACCUCCAUUGAAACCUCCAUCCGAGGUGCUCUCGAAAAAGCCUUCGUCCUUAAUCCCAAACCAACCAGUGAAGAGAUCAGCCAACUAGCCGAUCGACUUUGUAUGGAAAAGGAAGUUGUCCGUGUGUGGUUCUGCAACCGUCGGCAAAAGGAGAAACGUAUUAACCCCUCGAUGGACAGUCCGACGGGAGCGAAUGGUGGCAGUGAAUCACCUUAUAUGAUGAUGCACUAAGUCAACAAGAAAAGAGCAGAUUUUUUUGCAAUCGAAUGAAGAAAGCAAGCGAAGAGACACCCUUUCUUGCUAAUCUUUAAAAAAAAAUACAUGUACAGGUAACUAGACACACAUCAAACCUAAAAUAGAAUUAAAUAAAAUAAAAUAGAAAUAGCCCUGAAUUAAUACUAAUCUUAGUAUUUUAAGUAUGUGUAAAAUUUAUAUUAAUUAUAAAUAAGAAUAUUUAAAAAAAAUUAUAGAAGUAUUAAACUUUUAUAUGUUUUUUUGGCUCAUUUACUGAGUUUCUAAUUGGAAAGCAAACAUAAAAACAGAGACCGUAAAAUUUAAAAACAAAAUAAACUAACUUUCAACUAAAUUUAAACAAAGUUUAACAAAAAACGUAAUUAUUUAAUAUUUUUUUAUAUAAUUAUUUAAUUUUUUUAAUUUUAAAACUGUCGUUUUUUUAUUGGUGUACCUCUGAAACUAAUUUACUUAAAAUUUUUAUUUUAAGUUUUUUUUUUUAAUGUAAACGACUCUUGAUGUUUUCCUUUAAAGUUAUAUAAAAAAACAAAAACUUAUUAAU